AUGUUUUUCAGAUUAUUUUCAACAAAAAUACAUUCCCCUGUGCAACAAUUAGAUGCUAUCCAUCAACUAUCAAAAGCAGUAAACAGCACUUCAAGUACACUUGAGAAGCGUGCAAUAUUAUUGAAAUACCCAGACGCACAUGCUACCCUCAAACGCAUAUAUGACCCUCACCUACGACACUAUGUCUCGGCAAAGACAGUAUCUAAUUAUCUUAAGAAACAUACAAAUGUUAGAUCCAAUAGCUCUUAUCAAGACUUGAACCAGUUGUUGGAUGCUUUGUCUUCUCGCCAACUAACUGGCCAUAGUGCUUGUGAAGCUAUUGGUUCUUUUUACCAUACUUACUGCAAAACAGAAGCUCAACAAAAUACCUUUUGGCAUAUCAUUGACCGUAACCUCAAAAUGGGCGUAUCUACUCGAACUAUUCGACACAUUCUGUCUCACGACAAUACAGAGACCAAUCCAACAUCUUUUAAUGUUGCUUUGGCUGCUUCAUUCUCAACCAAGAAUUUCAACCUCUCUGACAAAUGGUAUAUGUCUCAGAAACUAGACGGUAUUCGUUGCAUCACCAUGAUUGACUACAAAAAUAAUGAACCGAACAUCAAGUUUUAUUCUCGAACUGGAAGACUGUUUACUUCACUUGGGAAAGUCAAAAAAGAGAUUCAAAAAAGACUUGAGGCAACAAAAAACACAUCAGAAUUUGUAUUGGAUGGUGAAAUAUGUGCUUACAGCGACGAGAAUACAUUCAAUGAAGAUUUCUUAAAGGCCAUGGGCCAAGUGCGCCGAACGAAUGAAGAGAUGGAGAAUCCUAUCUAUCAAGUGUUUGAUCUUAUUAAUCUUCAAGACUUUUUUCAAGCAAAAUCAGAUCAAACAUUCUGCCAAAGACAACAAGCACUCGAAAAAUUUAUAGAAGCGCCUUUACAACAUGUUAAGCUUGUCAAGCAAACACUUAUUAAGAGUCUUGAGCAUCUAGAUCAAAUGAAAGAAAGAUCGAUUCAAUCUGGCUGGGAAGGAUUAAUACUGAGAAAAGAGUUUAUUUAUGAAGGCAAAAGAACACGGAAUAUGCUAAAGUUAAAGGAAUGGGAAGAUGCAGAAUAUACUGUUAAGAGGAUUGAAACUGGAAUGAUGCGAAUGCCUGAUACAGGGGAGAACAAAAAUGUACUUACUAAUGUCAUUAUUGAACACAAAGGCAAUACGGUUAGCGUUGGCUCUGGUUUUUCAAUGCAAUCCCGCAUUGCAUAUGCUGAAGACCCAAGCUUGAUCAUUGGGAAACCUAUCACUGUACGUUAUUUUUCAGAAUCUUUUAAAGAGAACGGCGCCAUCUCGCUUCGUUUUCCAACUGUCAAGGCAGUCUAUGAAGAAGGAGAAAGAGAUGUUUAA